UUGGCCGAGUGCUCCUGUAAUAGAACCCCCUUUGUUUAGUUCUUUCUCCACCAACAACGAGACACAGAACAACUUUCUUCCAGGUUGCAGAUGUGAAGAAUUUGACUCACGUUGGAACAGAUGGAUCUAAUCACCACAUUUGGCCGCCCUUAGGAGAAAGAAUUCGUAUCAGACGUUGUUAGUGUUGGAGAAGAGGCCGCGAGAAGCUUUUGUGAAUCCUGACGCCCCUCUUAAAGAGUCCAUACAUGAGAGAGCGCACCUCCUUACUGCGCAUCAUAACUCAACUCCAUCAGAGUCUUAAAGGACCUCAAUAUGGAUUAUUAUUACGUGCAGAUCCUAUCUGUGCUCCUGCUCAUCGCUCACCCAGUCCCUCAAUGUGCCGCCCAACAUGAAACCGUGAUACGAUACAUUGAGAAACGUAUCUUAGGCCUUGAGGAUAGACUCUACAAAUGUGAACAAGAUAUUCAGCAAUACGUACAAGAAUUCAAAGAACUGGUACACAAGAUGGUGUCACGCCUGGAUAAUCUCAGCAAUCAUAAAGUUGAAGUGAGGAAUGAAAUGGAGAAUCUAUGGGCAAGAAUAGAAAGAGCCGAAUGGGACAUUGACUACCUUGAGAGUACGGUGUCCUCAAACACCCAUAUAGAGUUUGAUGAACAUCUAGUAGAGAAGCAGGUGGUGGAAAAAGCAAAGGAGAAGAAAAAAUUGCAGCUCAAAUCAAGUACGAGUUGCACAACAAUGCUGGCUCAAAUCAAAUCUCAGAAGACGAUGAAGAAGGCUGGUGGUACCAUUGGUGCUUGGAUGAAGAAUACUGGUGACAACGUGGACAAUAUCUAUUUCUUUACUGAUUCCAUUAACAACGUACUUCUAGAAUUUGCCAACACUGAAGAAUUCACAAGUCGGGACUACCUGCAAAAAGCUGUGACUGUAGUCUUACCUUUCUUCUGGCAGGGAACAGGUCUCCAGGUCUACAACGACCAUGUCUUUUUCCAUAGAAAUGGCACAGUCAAUGAAAUUAUAAAAUACAACAUUCAAACCAAUGUGACACAGUCCAUGAAUAUAGAAGGAGCUGGAGACAUUCCACCUUAUGAGCUUCUACCAUACACAAAAAUCGAUCUUGCCAUGGACGAACAAGGUCUUUGGGCCAUUCAUGGAAAUUCGACCAAUGGGGGGAACAUUGCACUUACCAAGAUAGACCACAACAAGAUGGUGGCUGAACAUAUGUGGAGCACCACCUGUAACAGCCAUAAUGCAGAAGCUGCGUUUGUUAUAUGUGGAACGCUGUAUGUCAUGUAUAAUAGUCCAAGUGGGGGAAGAUCCCACAUUGACUGUAUUUAUGACACCUCAGAUCUCAUCGAUAGUCAUGAAAUCCCUACACUGUACUUCCCAAAGAGAUACAGCAGCCAUUCUUCCGUACAUUACAACCCAAGAGACCAAAACAUCUAUGCCUGGGAUGAUGGAUACCAAAUUGUGUAUAAGUAUGAAUCUAGGAAAAAACUUGAACAUAUGUAAGGUACAUGGAAAAAUGAAAGAUUUAUGAAAAUAGCUUAGCCAAAAAUAAAUCAAAAAUUUGCUGCUUGGGCUGCAGUACAAUUUACGUCAGUUUUCAUGAAGAUCAUCAUCAAAUAGGAUUAGUUCACUUUACUGCACAGCCUAGUUUUAUCUAAAAAUUUGUAUUUUUUAAAUAUCCUAUUAGUGAAUUUUGAGUUAAUACAAGGUGGUCGCCAAUCAGGACCUUUACCUACUAGUCAGAGUCAUGUGCAGCUACAGAGGACCCAACAUGUACAUUAGACCAUUGAUUA